GGGGUCUCACUGCGCUCUCCCCGCAGCCCCGGUGGUGCCGUUCCCCGGGCAGCAGCCGCCGCCGCCUCCGCCCUCUCAGCUCCUGCCGGGGACCCUGCCCGGCGGCGCCGGCAGCAGCGGCAGCAGCAGCGCCCACCCGUCCGUGCCCGGUAAUUGCCCCUCGGCCGUGCCCCCCGUGCCUCCCCCAGCAUGGCUAACCCCCCCCCUCCGCUGGGCGACCCCUUCCCCGCUAACCCGCUGCAUGGGGGGGCCCUGGCCGGCAGCAUGGGGAGGGGGCUGCCCCCCAACUCCCACCCCCAUCAUCAUCAUCAUCAUCAUCACCACCCCGGCGCCGCGCUGGGCUCGGGGGGCUCGGGGGGCUCGGCCGCCGAGCACAGCCCCGCCAUCGUGGCCGCCGUGCAGGGAAGCCUCCUUCCCAACGCCGGCCUCGUCGCAGACCAAGGUCCCCCCCUGCAGCCGGAGCCCAUCUCGGUGCCCACCCCCAGCUCGGUGCCCACCCCCGUGCCCCCCACCCAGUGAGACCCCCAGCCCGGAGGACGCUGCCGCAGCCCCCUCCCCGCCCCCGCUCCUCCAAGGACCCUCCCCGAGCCCUCCUCCUCCUCCUCCUCCUCCUCCUCCUCCUCCCCUUCCUCCAGCUUUGGGAUUUUUUUAUGAUUGUCCCGGAUUUUAUUUAAGUGUUGGUCUCCCGGGGGGGCCCCGCUCCCCCCGGUUAUUUAUGAGACAGCUCCGAUCCCACCUGGCACAUGGGCAUUUCCCCCCCUCCUCCAAAAAUCCCCUCCUCCUCUUCCUCCUCCUCCUCCUCCUCAUCCCUUUUUUGGUUCUGUUUUGGUUUUGUUUUUGGGUUUUUUUUUUCUGUUUGUUUCUUUU